AGGGACUCUGCUCACGGGGCCGGGGGGGACUUUGCCCGAGGUGAAGGGGAUGCAGCAACAGCCGAAGGGCCCGGCUGGGAGGAGAGCGGGCAGCGCUGGGGCCGCAGCAGAACGUGGGGAGCGUGGUGAGGGGCCGAGAGACCCCAGCUGCUGAGGGGCAGGAGGAGAGGAAGCGAGCCUUGGCCAGCCCCACACCAGGGCUCUGCCGUGGGUUUAUUUACUCAUCGGUGACCCGGCGGCGCUGGGAGUGCAAGAGGAAGCGCCUCUCCUUUGCGGGGCAGACAGCGGACGGGGUUCCUCGGCCCGCCCCGCGCCUGCGCUGCGCCCCAACCCGUGGGACGGGGCCACCGGCCUCAGCCCACCCGCAGCUCCUCGCGGGGUCACCGCUCCCCGUCCCCAUCCCCAUCCCCAUCCCCAUGGCGCUCCCUGGCUGAGGGGUCUAUGGGUGGGCGCAGCCUGCGGGCGCUGGGGCUGGCGGGAUGCUGGGCCGGGCGGCGGGGAGGAACAGCUACAGCCCCUACGCGGCCGGGCGCCGCAGGACGGGGAAGGCCAGCUCACCCAAGCGCUCCCUGGACUCGCUGCCCCGCUCGCCCUCCGUGCGGCUGACGGACCUGUCCCGCAAGGACUGCCUGGAAGCACCCAGCCCUGGGGAGCUGCCCCCCCCCAGCGCCAAGCUCAGCAGCAGUCCCAGCGCCGUGGGCACCCUGAAGCGUCCCACCAGCCUCAGCCGCCAUGCCAGCGCCGCCGGCUUCCCUCUCACCUCUGCCGCCCCCCGGGCCGUCCCCAAGGGCCACAAGACCCCCACGUCCUACAGCCCCAUGGAGGGCGGGGAGGGCCCCUUCAUCGACGUGGAGGACAUCUCCCAGCUGCUGGCCGACGUGGCGCGGUUCGCGGAUGCCCUGGAGAACCUGCGGGACGUGGUGCUGCGCGAUGACCCCAAGGAGUCCCAGCGGCCACAGGCCCACGAGUGUCUGGGUGAAACGCUGCGGGUGCUGCGCCAGGUGAUCAACAAGUACCCGCUGCUCAACACGCUGGAGACGCUGACGGCGGCGGGGACCCUCAUCUCCAAAGUGAAGGGCUUCCAUUACGAAUCCAACAAUGAGACGGACAAGCGGGAGUUCGAGAAGGCGGUGGAGACCAUCGCGGUGUCCUUCAGCAGCACUGUCUCUGAGUUCCUCAUGGGGGAGGUGGACAGCAGCACCAUCCUCUCCAUCCCACCCAGCGACCAGAACCAGUAUAUGGAGAGCCUCUACGGGGGGAUCCCUGGGCCUGGAGGGGACGGCAUGCCCUCGGGCAUGGAGAGCUACAACACAGUCCGCCCGACGGCUGAGGAGGUGGACGUGAUGCUGCAGCGCUGCGAGGGAGGUGUGGACGCUGCCCUGCAGUACGCCAAGAACAUCUCCAAGUACAUGAAGGACCUCAUCGGGUACCUGGAGAAAAGGACCGCACUGGAAAUGGAGUUUGCCAAAGGGCUCCAGAAGAUGGCAAACAGCUGCAAGCAAACCAUCACACAGGAGACCAGCAUGCCCUUCCUGUCCAUCUACCUGCUGGCACUGGAGCAGGACAUGGAGUAUGGCACGUCGGUCCUGCAGACUGUCACCACGCUGCAGCACCAGACCUUCCUGCAGCCGCUGACCGUGAGGCGCCUGGAGCACGAGAAGAGGAGGAAGGAGAUCAAGGAGCAGUGGCACCGCGCACAGCGGAAGCUGGUGAGGCAUGAAGGCAUCCACCCAUCCAUCCAUCCGCCCAUCCAUCCGCCCAUCCAUCCGCCCAUCCAUCCAUCUGUCCACCCAGACACAGAACGCGACGUGUCCCUUUGUGCUCUGCCUGUAGGCAUCAAUGGGAUCACCCCGGAGAUGGCAGCUCCCACGGGGCCCUUCAGGAACGUGGGCCUGUCCAGGGCGGCCCAGACCCACCGGCUGAGGAAGCUCCGGGCCCCCUCCAAGUGCCGGGAGUGCAACAGCUACGUGUACUUCCAGGGGGCGGAAUGCGAGGAGUGCUACCUGGCGUGCCACAAGAAGUGCCUGGAGACCUUGGCCAUCCAGUGCGGGCACAAGAAGCUCCAGGGGAAGCUGCAGCUCUUCGGGCAGGACUUCCUGAAGGCGUCUCAGGGCAGCGCAGACGGCAUCCCCUUCAUCGUCAAGAAGUGCAUCUCUGAGAUUGAGAAGCGGGCGCUGAAAACCAAGGGCAUCUACCGAGUGAACGGCGUGAAGACCCGCGUGGAGAAGCUGUGCCAGGCCUUUGAGAACGGGAAGGAGCUGGUGGAGCUGUCCCAGGCGUCCCCGCACGACAUCAGCAACGUGCUGAAGCUCUACCUGAGACAGCUGCCGGAGCCCAUCGUGCCGUUCCGCAUGUACAACGCGCUGAUGGGAGCGGCCAAGGAAAGCCUGCAGGGCGGCAGCGAGGCCAAGGGGAGGAGUGGGAAAGGGGGUCCGGAGCUGGUGGACAGAGGGGCCGACACCGACCGCGUGGUGGUGAACCUGGUGCUGAAGCUGAAGGAGCUGCUGAAGGAGCUGCCCUGGGAGAACAUGGCCACGCUGCAAUACCUCCUGCAGCACCUGAGGAAGAUCGUGGAGGUGGAGCAGGACAACAAGAUGACCUCCAGCAACCUGGGCAUCGUCUUCGGGCCGACGCUGCUGCGGCCGCGGCCCACGGAUGCCACCAUCUCUCUGUCCUCGCUGGUGGACUACCCCCACCAGGCGCGCGUCAUCGAGGCGCUCAUCAUCUUCUACCCCACCAUCUUCGAGGACAAGGACCCCGCGCUGAUGGCUGGCGGCAGCGAAUUCACUGCACAUCAGGAGGAGGAGGCCCCGGAUGAGCCCACGGCAGCUUCGUCCCCACAGUCUCCAGUGAAGGGCGACUUGGGGUACAGCGAGGGAGCAUUCGGGGAGCCCGGCGAGAGAUCGGUGGACUCCGACUCGGAGCUGGAGGACGGCGGGGAGCCGGGGGGCGGCGGGCGGCUGCAGAAGCAGGAGAGCGAGACGAGCACGGACGAAGCGCUGUUCUGCGAGGAGGGGAGCGAGGGGCAACGCAGCCGCACCUGCAGCACGGGGCAGUCGGACACAGAGGGCUCUGCCCCACGUUGCCCCACUGGGGGAGAGCGCAGCGACCCCGAGGAGGACCCCGAGAGCGGUGCCACGGCCACAGCCCGGCAGUGAGCGCGGCCCCGGCAGCGAUGGGGCGCGGGGUUCCUUGUGCCAGCUGCAGGCACGGCCCCGCUGCUUCAGCUCUGGAGCUCACGCAUAAAAACCGCUGGGCCGAGCUGCAGGGAAACCCCGGCUGGUUUGCUUUGAUGGCUGGGAGCAACCCGUCCGUCACACGCGUUUCUUUGGACGAGCAGCCGCCGCUUCUUCGACGCCAGGAGGAGCUCAGCCCUCCACCGCUCCGGGCCGCAGGAGCCGUUUUUGCUGCGCUCCUGAGUGCUCCGCUCCUUCUGCAGAAAGAGCCACGAGGCGCCGAGCAUCCCACCCCGCUGCUCCCCAGGGCUGCAGCACCGCGCCGUGCAGAGCGGGGCCGGGCUGCGCUGCUCACCGAGGAGCACCCCCAUUGCCCCCCCAUUACACCCCCCUUACAUCCCCAUUGCAAUCCCGCUAGGAAUUCACCACCUCAGAACUUCGAAUGCUGCAGGAACCCCCCCCCCCCCGAGCUGCGCCUCUCCUGGCUCGGCUGAGCGGGCUCACGUUGCUGCUUGUCUAUAAUCAUGGGCAUUUUCCUACCUGCUCCCCCCCCCGCUGCAGCAUCCUGUGGUCUCAGGGCUUUGGGGAUGGAUGUUUGAUCUCCGAAAUCAACAGUGAUGGCAGCAGGGCUCCAGGGGGAGACGCAGGAUGCCUGAACCAAGCUACAGCCCCCGCCAGUUCGAGGCUUUUUGUCUUUUAUUUUUUUGUAUACGAUAACCCUUCGCCGCGACCCCCACUACCUCUGCUUGGCAACGGGACUCGAAGGGUUAAAGAGGACCAAAAGCAUUUUUUAAAGCGACGAAACUUUUCUGCACUGAAGCGUAGAGAAAGGACGAGCCGUGUUUUAAACUUGGAAAGAGCUGAAAGCUGCUUCCUUCCACCACCCUGCUCCUGCCCGGACCGCGUCCCCGCUGCCACCAGGGCCACCACGAGCUGAGCGGGCCAGGAGCCCGGCUGGGGGCAGCCCACGGUUCCAAAGAAGUUGCACGUAUCCAAAGUUGUUCUCUCGUGCUCAGCCAGAGCAUUCCUCGGUGAAACGCUGGGUACCAGCUCCUCUCCUGGGCCUCCUCCUCCGGCCUCAGCCUUCUGCUGCAAACCAGGCAGCGAGGGGAGAGCUGAGAUCGCUUCCCAGCCGAGGGAGCCGGGCAGAGCGGGGUCCCAGCUGGGAUGCACUGAACGGGUGGGGCUGGAAGGGUGAACAGACCUCAUUGCUGGAGGACUAAGGAUGGACCGGAGGUGGGAUCCCUCGGAGGAGCGAUCCCCACCAGGGAGAGCGGGCUGAGCAACGGCCGCGGCUCUCGGAGACGGAUCGGAAAAGCAUCUCGUGAAAGGUACACGAAAGCCAAGUUCCAUUUUACAGCCACCUGGUUUGUCACUGAGCCAAAGGAGAGCGAGGGGCACCCGCCAGCGCAUUGGCUCCAGGGCUCUCCGCCACGGUGCUGGAGUUUUCCAGCACUUCCUUCUCAUGGGAGCAGGACAAGGAGGCCGAGCGCCGUCCCUCGCUCCCAGAACUGCUACCACAGCGGUACCACGAGUGUGUGCGAGGAUGGGUGAUGGGUGAUGGGUGAAUGCGAGUGAAGGAGGGGACGAAAGCUAAGCCUGAGCUUCACAUGGUACCGAGUGCCCUUCUGUUUGUAGAUAGACUCAGCGUGGAGAAAGGAAAAUGUUCUUUUGUGACGUGCCCGUGCUGCUGUACGAAGCCGCGUUCCGUGUUUUGCUGUGUUCAGGUGGACAUGCUUCCAGAAUGAAUAAAAUCCGCGUGUUCCCA